UCCAUCUCGGCUUCGAGCUGUUGAGUAUUGCCAUAGUAACGCGACUCGAAUACAGCUCAAGAAUCGACUGAGACGAAGAGUGAAAUAUCCGAAGAGCAGCCAACUUCAUAUUUCUACCAAUGGCGAGCAGCGACCGACCCGCCAAGCGAAGCAAGAUGGAGAACGGCGGCGGCAGUAGCGCAGCUGCGCCUCCCGGUCCACCGCCCAGCAAGCCUGUUCACUCCGCAGCCAAAGAGAACCCCUACCUUUCGCACUUGCCUCCAGAGCAGCGUUUCACUAGGGGAGAUGCAGAGGGCUCUGAGAGAGGGGCCGGACCGCUGGCCAACGGCAGGAGUGGCAACCCACUCGAUGGGUUCAUCCCGCGGCAAGUGGUGGGCUCGCAGGUCAGGUCAGUGAUGGAAGGCGGCAUCAAUCCAUUCUCGAUUACCCCUACACCAUUCUCGAAGAAAUACAAGGAUAUUCUGAAUAAAAGGAAGGAACUUCCGGUGUACGCUCAGAUGGACGAAUUCUACGAGAAGUUCCAGGAGAGUCAGACAAUGGUUAUGAUUGGCGAGACGGGGAGUGGCAAGACCACACAGAUCCCUCAAUUCGUCGCCUAUUCCGAUCUGCCACAGACUCGCAAAGUCAAAGGACCUGAUGGCGUCCUCGCGCCGCGUAUGAUUGCCUGCACACAGCCGCGUCGUGUAGCCGCCAUGUCUGUCGCAAAGCGUGUGGCAGAAGAGAUGGACGUAUCUCUGGGCAAGGAAGUCGGCUACACUAUCCGUUUUGAAGACGCAACGGACAGACGUACUACAUUUCUCAAGUACAUGACGGAUGGUAUGCUUUUGCGCGAAGCGAUGAACGACCACAAUCUCGAACGAUAUAGCUGCAUCAUCUUGGAUGAAGCGCACGAAAGGACACUGGCAACCGAUAUUCUCAUGGGAUUGCUUAAGGAGAUCACAGCUCGGCGUAAAGACCUCAAGCUCAUCGUGAUGAGUGCAACACUUGAUGCACUCAAGUUUCAAAAGUAUUUCAACGAUGCGCCGCUUCUUCGGGUGCCGGGACGAACGUUCCCAGUCGAGACAUUCUACACGCAAGAACCCGAGCCAGAUUACCUAGAGGCUGCCAUACGCACUGUCUUGAUGAUUCACCAAGCAGAGGACCCAGGCGAUAUUCUGGUGUUCUUGACGGGAGAGGAGGAAAUUGAAGAUGCCUGUCGGAAGAUCAAAGCGGAGGCGGAUGACCUGGCUAGCAAGUCGCCUGAUCUCUGUGGCCCACUUAAGGUGGUGCCGCUAUACUCGUCACUGCCGCCAGCUCAACAGCAGCGCAUUUUCGAGCCAGCCCCAGCCGCACUGUACGAAGGCGGGCCACCUGGCCGCAAAGUCGUCAUUUCGACCAAUAUCGCUGAGACAUCACUGACAAUCGAUGGAAUUGUUUACGUCGUCGACCCUGGAUUCAGCAAGCAGAAAGUGUAUAAUCCGCGCAUCAGAGUCGAAUCGCUCCUCGUCUCACCCAUCUCCAAGGCAUCGGCGCAACAGCGAGCAGGACGAGCAGGACGUACACGACCUGGCAAAUGCUUCAGGCUGUACACGGAGAAGGACUUCAUCAGCGAGCUCAUCGAGCAGACGUACCCGGAGAUCCUCAGGAGCAACUUGGCCAAUACAGUAUUGGAACUUAAGAAGCUCGGCGUGGACAACCUCGUCACUUUCGACUACAUGGACCCGCCUGCGCCAGAGACAAUUAUGCGUGCGCUUGAGCUGUUAAAUUACCUCGGCGCCUUUGACGAUGAAGGCAACCUGACGCCAUUGGGAGAGAUCAUGGCCGAGUUCCCCUUGGAUCCUCAGCUAUCGAAGAUGUUGAUUGUCAGCCCAGAGUUCCGCUGCUCGAACGAGAUCCUCACCAUCGCUGCCAUGCUCUCCGUGCCGAAUGUCUUUCUUCGGCCUAAUUUUGCCAAGCAGCAGGCGGAUGCGGCGAGAGCCGAGUUUGCGCACCCAGAUGGAGACCACCUCACCUUGCUCAACGUCUAUCAUGCGUACAAGACGAACUGUCCCGACCCGUCAACCGGAUCGAACUGGUGCUGGCAAAACUACCUGUCUCAUCGUUCACUUAUCCAAGCGGACAAUGUGCGCUCUCAAUUGCAACGUACUAUGGAGCGGUUCGAUCUAGACCUCGUCUCGACCGACUUUAGCUCGAAAGACUACUACACGAAUAUCCAACGUGCGCUUACCUGUGGUUUCUUCAUGCAAGUAGCCCACAAGGAAGGCGGAUCCAAGGGGUCCUACACAACGAUCAAGGACAACCAAAUAGUCUCUCCGCACCCUUCUUCUUGUCUCUCGCAUUCGCCCGAGUACUUGCUCUACCACGAGUUUGUGCUCACGACGCGGAAUUACGUCCGUACAAUUACGGAUGUGAGGCUCGAAUGGCUCGUUGAAUACGCGCCGGCGUACUACAAUACGAUGAACAUGGAGGGUGAGAUCAAGAGACAGAUCAUGGCUCUGGAGCAGAGGAAAGGAAAGAAGGACAAGAAGAAGAAGGAUACACAAGGGUAGAUGCGCGAAAUGAAACCAUAGACCUGCUCCCUUGACCAAGUGCAUCUGUCUUUUGCGCUAGAAUGACAGUCCCAUUCGCACAACACGGGGGUCUCCUCCCGCAUGACAGAGAGUGGGCCAAUGCGUACGUGCCAUCGGGAAAGCUUGCUAUCCCAAAAAGUACAAUGCCGU